AUGGCUGCGGAACGGGGCCGGGAGGGGGGGGGCCCAGCCCGCAGCCUCCCGCCCGCUCCCCCCAGGUACCGCUACUACCAGAACGCCUGCACCCAGAGCUACUCCUACGCAUGGUGGGACUGGGCGCGCUGGGAGCGGGAGAUCGACUGGAUGGCCCUCAGCGGCAUCAACCUGGCGCCAGCCUUCACGGGGCAGGAGGCAGCCUGGCAGCGGGUGUACCACUCCCUGGGGCUGAACCAGUCGGAGAUCGAUGCAUACUUCACGGGGCCGGCGUUCCUGGCCUGGAACCGGAUGGGGAACCUCCACGGCUGGGCAGGGCCGCUGCCGCCAGCCUGGCACCUCAAACAGCUUUACCUGCAGUACCAGAUCGUGGAGAGGAUGCGCUCGCUGGGGAUGAUCACGGUGCUGCCAGCCUUUGCAGGCCACGUACCCCAGGGGGUUCUUCGGGUCUUCCCACAUGUGAAUGCCACUCGCCUUGGGGGCUGGAGCCACUUCGACUGCACCUACUCGUGUACCUACCUGCUGGACCCAGAGGACCCCAUGUUCCAGGUGAUCGGGACCCUCUUCCUGAAGGAGCUGAUCAAAGAGUUCGGCACAGACCACAUCUAUAGCGCUGACACCUUCAACGAGAUGACCCCCCUCUCCUCUGACCCUGCCUAUCUCUCGAGGGUCAGCAACGCCGUUUUCAGGUCGAUGACGGGAGCCGACCCCGAGGCGCUGUGGCUGAUGCAGGGCUGGCUCUUCCAGCACCAGCCGGACUUCUGGCAGCCAGCACAGGUGCGGGCCCUGCUGCGUGGCGUGCCCCUGGGUAGGAUGAUUGUUCUUGACCUCUUUGCCGAGUCCAAGCCUGUCUACCAGUGGACGGAGUCCUUCUAUGGGCAGCCCUUUAUCUGGUGCAUGCUACACAACUUUGGGGGCAAUCACGGCCUCUUCGGCACCGUGGAGGCCAUCAACCACGGCCCCUUUGCGGCUCGCUGCUACCCCAACUCCACCAUGGUGGGCACCGGCCUGGUGCCUGAGGGCAUUGAGCAGAACGACAUGGUGUACGAGCUGAUGAACGAGCUGGGCUGGCGUCAGGAGCCCCUCGACCUCCCCAGCUGGGUGACCCGCUAUGCCGAGCGCCGCUACGGCACCCCAAAUGCCGCCGCGGCCAGUGCCUGGAGGCUGCUCCUCCGCAGCGUGUACAACUGCACCGGGGUCUGCGUCAACCACAACCACAGCCCACUGGUGCGCCGGCCCUCCCUGCGCAUGGACACGGAGCUAUGGUACAACGCCAGCGACGUGUACGAGGCCUGGCGCCUGCUGCUGAGUGCCGGUGCGGAGCUGGGCUCCAGCUCCACCUUCCGCUAUGACCUGGUGGACGUCACGCGGCAGGCGGCUCAGCAGCUGGUGAGCGACUACUACCUGAGCAUCCGCCGGGCCUUCCAGAGCCACGCGCUGCCAGAGCUGCUGACAGCUGGUGGCGUGCUGGUCUACGACCUGCUGCCGGAGCUGGACAGCCUCCUCUCCAGCCACAGCCUCUUCCUGCUGGGCCGCUGGCUGGAGAGCGCCCGCGCCGUGGCCACCAGCGACCAGGAGGCCGAGCAGUACGAGCUGAAUGCCCGGAACCAGGUGACGCUCUGGGGGCCCGGUGGGAACAUCCUGGACUAUGCCAACAAGCAGCUGGGGGGGCUGGUGCUGGACUACUACGGCGUGCGCUGGAGCCUCUUCGUCUCUGCCCUGGUGGAGAGCCUCAACUCGGGCAGCCCCUUCCACCAGGACCAGUUCAACCAGGCUGUCUUCCAGGUGGAGAGAGGCUUUGUCUACAACAAGAAGCGCUACCCGGCUGUGCCAGUUGGGGACACGCUGGAGAUCUCCAGGAAGCUGUUCCUCAAAUACUACCCCAGCGCCCUGCAGCGCAGCCGGGCGGGGCCGGCGUGA